UACGCGGCUCAUAUCUCUAUGUAAUAAUGACAGUUAGACGUGAAGGAGACACGCUAAAAAGUCUGUAAGCUAAGUAUGUCGAAUUUAACAAAUUUAAACUAGAAAUGGGACCGGGGAUGCAAAGGGUGUUUACUAGUGAGAUGUGAGAUUGUAUGAUAUUUUCAAUGUAUUGGCAACAAGUUCAGAGGUUGGGAGACCUUCCAAUAGAGCUGCUAUCAUACUGUCUUUUACCAUGACAAGAGCAGGUGCCAUCAGACUCAGUAUCAUCUUCAUCCUCACCUUCAUCCUGUGUCUACCAGAGUUUUUCCCAAACAUCUCACAGAUUCCGUUUCUCUGUGAGCCUUUUGAUCCUUGUACGCCUGAAAAUGGAUCAGUUGAUGCACAGGUAUGUGGCCCUCCAUGUACUAAGGUAAUAACAAAUGCCAGCAGUCAGGACAGACAUGGGGAAGGCUGGUAUCUGUGCCAGGUUGAGAUGGACCUGCAUGAUCUGCUGAACAAUACCUUGCAGUCAGGAGAGCAUGUGAUGAUGGAACUGACACUAAAGGCAGGCAAUCUCUCUGCAUGGAGCGUCAGUGUGUUUGCAUUUCUCAACCACACUGACCUGUACACUGGACCUCAAAAAGACCAGAGACUAUUCUACUGCUACAAUCCACCAGACAAAAGCAUAUGUCCAGAUCUGAACAUAUCCACAGAAGAACCCACAAAAGAAUACUCAAGCCCUCCAAGACCAAACACCUCCACUUUAAUAACCAUUACUUCUACAAAACCAGUCACCUCUUCACUCAAAAAUACUACACUAUCUUUGCAAGUAACCACUUCUACACAUGAGCUCAACUGCCGACCAUACAGUAGUGUUUACCUCUUUUACUACCAAGAACACAAUCAGACAGCAAGAUCUUCUGCAUUUCCAGUAACGCACACAAAAAGAGAGAGUUGGUGGUGUGUGAUCACUGCAGUGUGGCUGAUUCUGGUAGUGACUCUGGUAGUGCUGGCUCUACUGAGUGUGGGCUGCCUGAUCUCCAAGAGCAGACAUCUUUACCAAAGAAGGUCCCCUUUGGUUUCAGUUCGUGACUAUCAGCUCAAAGAGCUCAGCAAGAAAAGCGAAAAUUCGAUGAGCAACAUUCCUGAUGUGUCCAUUGCGAUGAGCAGUUUUGGUGAUGAUGAUUAUGAUGAUGAUGAUGAUGAUGUAUUCUCUGAGAUCCCUUCAAAAGAGAACAGAUCAGAUGAAAACCUGCUCAGGGUGGAUGAAGUCCUGUACAAGAGAAGAUUGUCACCAAUCUUUGAGAUGACAGAGACCUCACUUGAUGAAGAAGACCAUGAGGAAGUCGGUCAGUGUAAUGCCCUGGUAAUAAAGCAAGUCCUUUCAGAUGGAAAACAUUUAUACAUAUAAAUGAUGUGAUCCAAAGUGCAUUUGAACAGCAGUGAAACACUUUCUUAUGAUGUGUUACAUUCAUACGAGCAGACAGAGAAGUAAGUUUGAAGUAAGUUUGGAGCAGAAGGAUUAGAAAUAAACCUUGUGUAUAUUGUCAACUUUACGCUAAACUAAAAUGCUAUUUCUAGCUAUUUUACAUGCACAUGUUACCAGGCACGAUCAUAUUUUUUUAUCAAGAAAAUUCACGUUGGAUCAUAAUUUCUUUUUUUCUAGUAAGAUCUUUGAUAUUAGGGCAAAAUCUUUAAACGAGAUCAGUUUGAUUGAUCUUGUUUUAGAAACAACACUGCAUAAGAUAUUUCGGUUUUUCAGAGAAUGUAUUUUUAACAUGUGUAUUUUGUCUUACUGUACUGGCAGAGUUUUUAUAGUCAAAACAAGUGAAAAAAUCUACCAGUGCAGAAGAAGUAAUCCAAAGUAUUUAGAAUACAUUACUGACCUUGAGUAAUCUAACGGAAUACGUUACAAAUUACAUUUUACAGCAUGUAUUCUGUAAUCUGUAGUGAAAUACAUUUCAAAAGUAACCCUCCCAACCCUGAAUGUGGGUCAUCUCACCUCUGAUUGCUCCAUCAAAUGUUGGUGAUGAUAUUUUGAACCAUCAAGUUACCACCCACACGUUCAUUUUUUCAUCUGAACUAUCAUGCAAAAGAAUGAAAGAAAACUAGAAUUCUUGGUUAAAGAUCUGUAACAAGUUUCAAUAUGUAUAAUGUUUUUUAUUUUAUUUUAAAGCAGAUCAUAUGGGUUUGCAUUAAGAUUUUGUAUAUUGUUACUUCCUGCCAUUUCACACCCCUCUCCGUUUUCUUUUAUUCCAUCUCUAGCUCACCAGCAGACUCAGAGGGACUUGUAUAGAAAAGAAUCUUGAUUUAUUUUCACAUGACCAGAAUUUGCUCCUGCAACUUUCAUGUGAUGUCAACAUGACAAUACUAUUUUAAAGGAACAGUUCACCCAAAAUUUAAAUUAUGUCAUCAUUUAUACACCCACAUGUUGUUCCAAACCUGUAUGACCUGGGAAAGGCAGAAUGACAGCCUCAGUCACCUUUCACUUUCACUGUAUGGGAAAAUAUGCAAAAAGGUAAAUGGUGACUGAGACUAUCAUUCUGCCCAACAUUUCAUAAUAUGUUUCACAGCACAAAGAAAGUCAAAGGGGUUUUGAAUGGCACAAGGGCGAGAAGAUGAUGACAGAUGGCAGUGUAAAGAAUAUUAGAUCACCCUGAGAACUUACAGGAAAUACACCUUUUGCAAUACAAUGACUUUUGUUAAAGGAGGUGUUAGCAGAUCACAUCAAGUAUAUUGAAUUUCACCUGCAGCUAGACGCUUCGUUUUGUUUCUAAUUUUAGAAUCUGGUUGGAAACAUAAACUGCAGUGUGUGGUUUUCUAAUUCCCAUUUAGCAAGCAGUAUGGAUACACAAAUGUGAUUUUUUUUAAAUGUGUGACACCAGUCUAAAGCUUGUGGGUAUUGAAAAUAAGAUUUAUGUUUUCAUAAAGCACUUUCCAUCUCCAAAAACAAUACACUCCUAGAUCAUAUAACAAUUUUGAAUAAAGCAUUUGCAGAUAUUAUAUAUUAAACUAGUAUCAGUCACAAAAUCUAACAGCAGUCAAUUGGAUAGUAAAUGUUUAGUGAAUUGUAAAUAUUGUGUAAGAUUUAUGUUCAUUUAAAUUCAGCAAUUUUGAGUACAUCUAAUUUGCAAUGGUUAAAUUGCAAUAUAUUUAAAGGGGUCAAGACAUGCCUUUUUAUUUUAUUUUAUAUUAUUAUUUUUAAUAUGUUCCUUGAGUUUUACUUAUAAUAUUAGUUAUGUUUUUAGCACAAAAAACAGUCAUAUAUUUGUAAAACAUGAUAAUUUCCCACCCUCAUUCUAACCCUCUGUCAGAAACGCUCUGUUUUGUUGCUGCUUCUCCUUUAAGACUUGACAGUAAACGACCACUGUUCUGAUUGGCUCUCUGCUCUUGACUGACCUGCUCUCUCCUUGCCAUCUCAGUGCUCACUGCUACUCGGCGGGGCUACUUAAGUGAUAAGGUAAAAUAGGAGUUGAUGUGUUGUUGUGAAGGCGGUCAGAUGCAAAUAUUUACCACAGUGUGACAUCACAAUGUGGAGGACGUAGAGAACGAGUCGUUUUGGCAGCUUGGUUUCAACAAAUGCUGUUUUUGCUGUGAGGAGGAAGUUUUGAGUUCUGAAACUUACAGUAUGUUUUUUUAUAGUGCAAUGACCUCUUAUGCUGUAUGUUAAAAGAUCAAGGAAAGUUUGAUUUCUCAUGUCAUGACCCCUUUAAAAUGGCAUUAAAUCAGCCAUCUAGAUAUCAGUAUUGGCCAUUAAAUAAUACAUAUCAGACCACUAGUUAAUGCUUUCUCUAAAAAUUUCAAAUGACAUGCUAAAGACAUUUGUCCUUUAAAAUAUAAUAAUCAUAUUCUUCAUUCCAUUCAAAUUGUACUGCAGUUCCUAGAAAUGUGAUGUAAUGAGAUGUACUGAGAACCGAAUGCUUUGAAUGUAAACCGUAACAUUUUCACAACAGAUGGUGAAAGAAUUCACAUUACUGAGAAUAUCAAGCUUUAUAUUUCAUUUUAUUCAUAUUACA